AUGGAAAGAGAAAUAGAGCAAAUUCUUCAAAUUCUUUCCUUUUUAUUAGGAUUAUCAUCCAAUAUGAUAAGAAGCCUAGUGACUUCGAUAUUUAUAUCGAUAUCAUUGAUUCAAGCAUGUCCAUCAGGAUGGAUAGGAUAUAAGGAACAUUGCUACUUCUUCAGUCUGAGAGCAGCAUCGUGGCCGGUCGCUGGGGGUUACUGCCGAAACUUCAACGCAAAACUUGCUGAACCAGUAGGAGCUGCCGAAGGUGCAUUCAUUGACGAAGCAGUGAAAAAGACACAUCCGAGAAUCGGGGAGUACUAUUUAGGAGGAGCUGACUUCUUCGUAGAAGGAGAUUGGAUCUGGGCUAGUACUAUGGAACCCAUCACUAAUGCCAACUGGUCUCCAGGGGAACCAAACGAUAAUGCAGGGACAGAGGAUUGUUUAGCUAUUGUACUGAAUGGUCUCUGGAACGAUGUGCCUUGUAAUAUAUCUCUUCCUUUCGUGUGUGAAAUAGAGAACGACAACAGUGAGGAAAUUAUCGGAUAAACCAUCCCUAAAUCAAAAUAUAAC